AGUUCAAAUCUCUCAAAGAAAACACUCGAUGAAAAUUGAAAUGCGAACACGAACAACCAAAAGGAUAUGCUGUUGUGGUUCUCCGAGAUUCUCCUUCCUCGCUCCUCCCUCCCUCUUCAGCUGGUACGAAGAAGAUGUGUGGACUGAGAUUGCCAAGUUCUUGGACGGGAUAUCUUUGGUGAUGCUUGCUACAACUUGCAAAUGGUUCAAUCUUAUCAUGAUGGAGGACUGUGUAUGGAAGUAUGCCUGUUUACGUGAUCUUCAAGUCCCUGACCCUGGAAAAGUUGCUUUCAAAUGGAAAGAACUAUAUGCCAAAGCAUUCGAUGGAUGUCACUCUUACAUGUUUCGUCAGCAGGAGAAGCAUAUUGAUUGGAUGCGAAUUGGAGCAUUUUUAUUUGAUUCACAUUCUGCAUUCCUGACUGAGAGGCUGAUCGGCCCAUUGAAAGUUGAUAAGGAAGACACGAUGGAGAAGAUGUUGGAGUUGAAAGGUUGUUGCGUAUUAAAUAAUAUCAAAGCUGGAAUCUGGAUUGCUGAUUUACAGCUCGUAAGAUGUCCUGUUUGUGACUUGAAUACCUGCGAUGGAACUAUGCAGACUUUAGAUGCUAGGCAUAUUGAGCUCUUUCUGAACGAGGGCUAUCAGGAUGGGAGCUGGGACUAUGAGACAUUAGGAUCCCACGAUACCAGCAAACAUGCCGAUGGAGCGUCUGGUGGGAUUUUCGACAUGAAACAUCUCAAGGAUCAAUCGACCUCUGAUAUUCUUGAUCUUAAGUCAUGGGUGGGGAAACAAAAGGACUGGCAACCGAAAGCUAUGAUAACUCUCCAUGCUGUAGCAGUCAAAACCAAUUUACAAGAAAAUGAAGGUCUUCACAUCAAAUACCAAGCUAUGAAGACUGGAAAAGAUGGUGAAGUUGUCUCUAUUCGAAUAUCUCAGCAGCUACUGUAGCUCUUCUCAACUCCAAAAAGGUUAAGCAUACGCCCCCUCCCCCUUCCCAAAUUGUGCAAGAUUUAAAAAAUAUUUUUAAACAAGUGGUCCCUCAAUAAAAUAGUCUGUUCUAUUUCCAGUUGGCAGUAUUUCAUAUGUAUAAAAACUAGGCAAGUUCACGGAUACUGAUGUUCGUUAUCUGAAAACUAUAAUAUAAGAUACCUGAAUGCAUUGUACAAAUUUAAUGUGGCAGCAAGAAAUCAAGAUUCCGUCAUGUAUUGUCCAGUUAUUCAAUUCCACAGGUUCAGAACACUCAAAAUAGCUAAAGCUGAGUAGCGGAUGGCUGGACAUCUUAUCUCUGGGAUGAACCAUCAUAUUUUUCCGCCGGAUAUACUUAAUUUGAGUAAUACCUCUUCCUAUUUUAGUAACAAGAGAAGGUCUUCCGCGCAUGAUGGAAUGGACUUUGAA